GCCUAAGCGCGUCGGGCCGUCUACAUAUACAAAUAUCAGCCGCAGGUCCGCAGGAGCAAGCAAAGCCGCAGAGGCGAGCGAGCGAGCGAGAGGCAGGUAGGCGAAAGUGAUUUCCAGCUGCGAUUUGGGGAUUUUUGAGAAAUGGAAUGGUCAGCAUCUCUGGACGAGUACGAGAAGCUAUUGAUCCGGAUGAAUACUCCGAGGGUCGUCAUUGAUAAUACCGUCUGCGCCAACUCAACUCUGGUUAAGGUCGAUAGCGCGAGGAAAGAUACGAUACUUCUUGAGGCCGUGCAGGUGCUCACCGACCUCGACCUGUCGAUAAGAAAGGCCUACAUCUCCUCCGACGGCUGCUGGUUCAUGAACGUUUUCCAUGUCACUGACAGAUAUGGCCAGAAGCUCACCGACAAGCGCAUCAUCGCCUACAUCGAGCGUUCUCUAGGCACCGAAGACGACGAACCCACCGCUGUAUCCCGUGACCAAGAGGCCUUCACGACCCUAGAGCUCGUCGGGUCCGAUCGCCCUGGACUCCUCUCUGAGAUAUUCGCCGUCCUUUCUAACCUCGGUUGCAGCGUCGUGGAGGCGAAGUUCUGGGCUCACAAAGGCCGCAUCGCUGGUCUCCUCUUCGUUGAAGAGGAGGAGACCGGCUUACCGAUCAAUGACUCCGACAAGAUCGAGCAUAUCAAGGCUCGUCUUAGCUAUGUCAUCCGUGGCACCACCACCGCCUUGUUGUCUUCCUCCCCCUCGAACGCCGUCAGGGGAACUAAAGCCGACCGCCGUCUGCAUCAGCUAAUGUUCGCAGAUCGCGACUAUGAGCGAGCCGUGGCCUCCGUUGAGUCAUCUGUUUCCGUUCAGAACUGGGUGGAACGGGGUUAUUCGAUCGUCAACGUUCAGUGCAGUGACCGCCGAAAGCUCCUCUUCGACGUCCUCUGUACUCUCACCGACAUGGAAUACGUCGUCUUCCACGGCACCAUCGACACCAACGGUGAUCAUGCCUACCAAGAAUUCUACAUACGGCACUCAGAUGGGAGCCCGAUACGCUCGGAAGCGGAGCGGCAGAGAGUGAUCAAGUGCUUGCAAGCAGCCAUCGGACGCAGAGCAUCUGAGGGUUUGAGAUUAGAACUGUGCACGGCGGAUCCGGUGAGUCUCGCCGUGGCGACUAGGACAUUUAGGGAAAAUGGUCUAACAGUGACAAUGGCGGAGAUGUCGACAAAAGGGGAGACAGCGGUGAACGUUUUCUAUGUGACGGAUGCGGGCGGCCACCUGCCUGGCAGGAAGACGAUUGAAGCUGUUAUGGAACGGAUUGGCGACGACAGCCUCAAGGCGUGUGAAGUCCGACCAAUGCGGGCGGGGCAGAGUCACUCCGGUCGGGAUCAGAACGAGUCAUCGGCGGCCGGCGGCGGGUUGCUGCGCCUGGGAAGCUUAGUGAUUCGAAAUCUAAGCAAUCUGGGGCUCAUCAGGUCCUCCUAGAGAAGCCGACGAGUUGACUGCUUUGCUGAUGCUUGUAUAUUUGUAAAGGAGAAGCAAAGAAGAGAGUGAUCUAGCUAGCAUACUCAUGUGUAACUAAGACAAAUAUAUACGAAGGAAAAACCUAAUGAAUAUACCAGCAGUGUAAGUGUGAUUUGUAAAAUGUUUUUUAUUCAGCUCUUUAUAUACAUAUAUAAAAAAUGAAAUUUAGUGGUAAGUGUUGAAUCAUUGA